AUGCCAAGAACUGCUAAAAGGGGAAGAAAAUCAAAUACUCGAAGUGCAAAAAACGAAGAGGCUGCGGAAAAUCAGAACGAAAAAUCAACUUUUAAAACAAAGUUAUCUGAACCAGAGACGCCUAAAAAGCGCCAAAGAAAGGCAAAGAAUAAGAAUGAUGCAUCAGAAGAAUCCGCUCGUACAUCACCUGCAUCAGAUAAUGUCACUGACACAGAUUAUAUACAAGCUAACAAUACACGCCUUACGUCUGAGGAAGCAAUUCAGCAACCAACAGCAAGUGACGAUAUAAACGAUAAACCAGAAAAUAAUCAAAUUCAACCUCAACUCCAAAAGCAAACAUUGGUCCAUGUAGAUGGUGCCAAUAAUAUACCAUUUGCUAAUCCUAAUCAACCAAUGUAUUAUUUUUUAGAAUUACCUUGUGCGAAUGAAUGUGGAGUUGGUCCUUCAAUCGAUUCACUUACUGAUUCUCCAAAUGAAUCACUAAAACAUACUCGGUCGUUGCAUUUGAAUCAUACACCGUAUAAGAAUGAUUCAUUAUGCUCUGCAAAGACUUAUUUGAUAGCUAAUCCUCUUUGCGUAUCAUGUUCUGCAAACCCUCUUUGUGUACCAUAUCCUGCAAACCCUUUUUGCGUGUCGUGUUCCGCAAACUAUGUUCAAAAUUAUCAUGAUCAACAUAUCUGUAAUUCUCAAAAUAAUAAUGCAGACUUGAAUUUACAAUCUCAACAAACGCAAGUGCUUCACUCCCCAGAUAAUCAUAGUAAGAGCACUGAUAGUCAAGAAUUGACCUUCCCUAAUCAAGCUGCGCUCGUUGAAUGGUUGCGUACACGACAAGAUUUGGUCUUUCAAGCUCAAGGAUCAUAUAUCCUAUUUUUACGAACACGAAACCCUAAUGGUGAAACACGCGACACACUUGUCGAAAAAGUUACUUCUUCAAUGGAUCCUUCACCUGGAGAAUUAGUAGAAUUGAAAAGGAGAGCACGUGAACACUUUAAUAACUUUCGUUCUCAUUUUAAUAAAGAUAUGGCAUCUUUAGCUAAUUCUUUAUUACUAAAAAAGUCCGAUCCAACUGAUGAUGAUGUUAAAAAAUUCGUUGGGGAUGAUGUUUGGAAACAAAAGCUCAACAGAUUUUUAGAUGCCAGUGAUUAUUGCGAAUUUCAAAAAUCUACUUCUUUCAAGUCACUUAAAACAUUUGUGAUUGAAAGUUUAAAGAUUCAUAUUGCAUAUUUGAUUGCUAUUCGCAAUCAAAGAAAACCUACUUAUCAAGAAGAAGUCCUGAAUAAGAUUAAAUUGCUCGAUCGACUUACUGCACAUAUGACUAUUCCAGCCGCAAACGGGUAUAAUUAUGCAAAUGAGUUGGAUCUUAAUAUGAAAUCUGAUAAUAACGAUUGCUAA